UUUUAUCGUUUAAUGCAAAUAUGCAAACCCGUUGUAUUUGUGAACUCCGUCUUCUUGCCCGUUAAAUUGCAUUUAUAAAGUAAUUCAGAUUGGUAUGUAGUUCUAAUCGAAUUUUUGUUCAUUUCCGCAUCGCAGCGAGAGGACUUCAACUCCCAGGAUCCUUUUCGGCGCAUAUAAAUAAAGCUUUUUUGUUUGGGCUGAGCGCUUCUCAGCUGUUGUGCUGUAAGGGCACAUUAAAAUGUGGCGAAUUUGGCUGCUGAGGUGCAGGUGGUAAUGAAAGUUGUAUUUUUUGCCGUAAGGGUCGUGUUGUCUGUGUUAAAUUUCCCCGAACUCAUCUUUAGAGGACUGCACGCGGCUUCAUCAUGAAUAUGCACUUUGAAGGAUCCAGCAACGUCACGCUGUUGUUUGAUUUCUGGGAUGUACGUGGGCCUGCAGGAAUGGUGCUGUCGGUCUUUGUAGUUCUACUGCUCACCGUGAUCUACGAGCUUCUGAAAGUGUGGAAGAUCACUAUUGGAAAACAGAAGCAAUCCUUCAUUACACAUCCAUCCGCUCCGGUGUCAUUCUCACCGGAAGCAUCCUGUUUCGCCCCCGUCAUGAAGCGUCAAGAGGGAAGCUCUGCUCUGACCAACAGCCCCUCUGAGAACUCAUUAGCUGCCACCGAGAAUACGGCCGCUACUGCAGACACCACCGCAGCUGCUAAGAAGAGCUGGCUUCUACACUGCCUCCAGACCGCCAUUCACAUUCUGCAGGUGACGCUAGGCUACAUGCUCAUGCUCUGCGUCAUGUCCUACAACGUGUGGAUCUUCCUGGGGGUCAUCAUGGGAUCCGUCUUGGGAUACUUUCUGGCUUUUCCUCUACUGAAUCACAUUUGAGAAGAGAUGAGAAAACAAAAACACGAGGCGGCAUCUCGAAAUGUUCAACCGAGUUGACUGGACUCAAAAUCAAAAAUGUUUCCUGUUGCUCUUGAUCUAAUGAUGCCAGGUUUGUGUGGCCAUGAUCAAGAAGACAUGCAAGAGAUGUUGUGAUAUGUAGACUGAACGGGGAUGAUUCUCAUUUUUAACGUUUCAGGUUGUAUUUUAAAGAUCAUGCAUGAAAGCUUAUUUAAUGGAAGUUUGGCGAUAACCAAUUGUAAAUUUGGUUAGUGUUUUAGAGGUUCGAUUGUAAACCUCAUUGGGAACACAAUAUCUAACGUGAAGAAUGGUGUGUUUAACGCAUGCGAUUUUACGUUUGAGGUUGUACGACGUGACUUCGUUCAAACAGUCAGCAUUGUACUAAACGGAGAUGUGCCUCAUUGACAAGUUUUAUAUUUUCUACAACUACUGAUGUAAUUAAUAAGCUAAUAUUCUGUUACACAAAUGAAUGUUUAAAUUCUGUUCUCUGAGAUUUGCUUUAAUGUUGCUGGUGGUUUUCUGUUAUUUUGGGAAAGCAGUAGUUUUAAACCUUGCGAUGGGUCGUUGUAAACUUCCUACAUGAGUCAAGAUCAGGCGGUCUUGGGUAAUGCUGGAAAUUACUGCUGAAUUGCAGAACAAACAAUGAUUUGAACUAAACUAUUGGCGGAAAAGAGAAAUGCAAAUCAUGUGGCCUUAGUUAAUGUUCACCAGCAAUACAGACACAUGGAAACUGAUUGACUAACUGAGAACAGAAAUAGGAGAUCUACAAUCCUCACACAAUCUUUUAAAUGCACUAUUGGUAAUUGUUUUUAAGUGAAAUUAGUUUCAUUGCAGAAUGUAUUAAAGGUUUUGA